AUGAGGCCAAGCCGGGAAGUUCCAAACCUUCGUGGUAGUCAUGAGGGACGUACACAAGAAACAACUGCAGCACUGGACGGUACAGUUAAAGUUAAAGUUAAAGAUAAAGUUAAACAUUCACCACUACAAGCAACGACAAGCACCACCACAACAGUCAAUCCAAUUGCUAAUUUAUCUCCUAUAUCGAAAAAACCGAAUGAAGAUGCUGCAAUGACACCAGAUAUAAAUUCAAUAAAACUGAAAGGUCAGGUUCGAUUACGAAUAAAACCUAUUUUUUAG